AUGGAAAAGGCCUUCCGCAAAAGCAGAAAAAGCAGAAAGGAAAGACAAAUCAGCCUCAAUGUCAAGACGUCUGUACACAACUUGAGCAAAACUCAGCAGACCAAACUCACUGUGGGCAGCCUGGGAUUAGGCCUGAUCAUCAUCCAGCAUGGGCCCUACCUCCAAAUCAUCCAUCUCAUCAAGAAGGGGGCUGCAGCCAGGGAUGGAAAACUCCAGCCAGGUGAUGUUCUGAUUAGUGUUGGACAUGCCAAUGUGUUAGGAUAUACUCUUCGAGAAUUUUUAAAGCUUUUGCAACAUAUCACCAUAGGAACAGUGCUACAAAUCAAGGUUUACCGAGAUUUUAUUGACAUACCCCAAGAAUGGCAAGAAAUAUAUGAUUUAAUCCCUGAGACCAAAUUCCCAGUAACACGCACAACAAAGAAAACUGAGCAGGCGAAAGAUGACUCUUUCACAAGCAGUGAUGAAAAUGAAGAUGUAGUUUUAGAUAAAAGAGUUAAGUAUCAUAAAGGUCCACGGUCCACUGGGCAUCACACUGCAAGGAGACCAAUGUCUAUCUCCAGAGAAUGGCAUGGAUAUAAAAAGAAGAACCGUACUAUUAGUGUAGGAAAAGACGUUAACUGUGAUGUGAUGAUUCACAGAGAUCACAAGAAAGAAGUGAGAGCCCCUUCUCCAUACUGGACAAUGGUGAAGCAAGACAAUGAAAGCUCCUCCUCCUCCUCCUCUGCCUCAGAUGCAUUUUGGAUGGAAGACUAUGCCCAAGUUGAAAAGAGCAAGGGUCAACCUGUACAAAAGUCGGUUAGGAAGCAGUCUGCAGAUCUGCGAUCACACGAGCAUUUACCCUGAAAAUACUCAAUUUUCGUGCACUGCCAUGUACAGGUUUGCUAUACUUACAGGAAUAUGUACAGACUUACCAAUUCUCUUUCAUGACUGUGUUGUAAAGCCUUUUGAGACCUUCUUCAACUUGAUAUCCAAAGACUUCCCUGGGGUCUCACAGGCUUCGGAAACUUUGCUAUUUUCAAAACAGUAACAUCAUUCAGAUCAUUAAAACCCUCCUUUCUGAGAAGAAUGUCUCAUCUUUUAGAAAGCGCAGCAGAGGAACCCAAUAUCAGAAUGCGCAAACACAGCAGAGAAUUUCACUGUUUAAGGUAAGUACCACAUUUUUAUUUAGAUAUUUAGUUUCUCUUGUUUUGCAAACUUCUAGUGCCAUACUUAAAAGAAAUAAAUAACAGAGAUAUAUUUUUUGGCUAGUUAUUCACAUUAGAAUUUUCUAUCCUUUUCCAGCCCUACUUUUACUUUGAAUGUUGGGUUGAUAAUUAAUUACCUGAAAGAGACAGGAUAGAAACAGAUGAGGGAGAGAGAGAAGAUGAGAGAAAAA